UGUGUGUGGUUUGUUUUUAUUUUUUAAAGAUCUCUCCCAUCCACUUUUGUCAUUAUUGCUGUUAUUUGUCAUUUGCUGGCGCUGGGAUCCCCUUGGACGCUCUUUUUCUAUGCCUUCUGGAUUGUGCUUCUUGGAGUAGGAGUGAGGCUUUAUUUAUUCUAUUUAUUUAUUUAUUGUUUCUCAGGACAGGGAGGGAAUGUUGGAGGAGAAGAGCUGGAAAGGCGUCAGCGAAGCAGCUUUUGACAGGGCGUGCGUGGCUCCCCCCAGGACCAGCGGCGGGGAGAGAUGCUGCCGCCUCCCUCUCCUGCUGGGCUCGGGGCUGCCCGGUAUCUCCCUGCUUUCUCUGGUGCUGAGCCUCCUGCUGUACUUUCGGACCUCUGAUCUGCAGUCCCGGGUGUCCCGCUUGGAAGCGGACAGACCCACACAGCUCCCUGCCUGGCUCUCAGCAGACCAAAUGGAGACAGCUAUUUUGGGAAGAGUUGACCAACUGCUUGAUGAGAAAUUAAAGUUCCAUUUGCCAAGGCAUCGAGAAGUUCGAGACACACACCAGCGAUGCAACUGCCCGGCAGGUCCACCUGGCCUUACAGGAAGACCAGGGCUCCCGGGAGACAAAGGUGCGAUGGGGAUCCCUGGACGGCCGGGAUUAAAAGGGCAACCUGGAGAGAAGGGUGCUCCAGGAGAAGCAGGCAUGUCUAUCAUCGGGCCCCGUGGUCCACCCGGACAGCCUGGAACAAGAGGUUUUCCUGGAUUCCCGGGCCCUAUUGGCUUGGACGGCAAACCGGGUCACCCUGGACAGAAGGGGGAGAUGGGUGCUGCAGGUCCCAGGGGACAACCUGGACUCCCAGGACAAAAAGGAGAAAAGGGUCAGUGUGCAGAGUACCCUCACAGGCUGUUGCCUCUCCUCAAUUCAGUGCGGCUGGCUCCACCUCCGGUCAUAAAGAGACGCACUUUCCAGGGUGAACAAGGACAAGCAGGAAUCCAAGGUCCCCCGGGCCCCCCUGGUCCACCAGGGCCCUCUGGACCGGCUGGACCCGAAGGAAUCCCAGGACAGCCUGGGCCAAUUGGACCACCUGGCAUAGCGGGAGAACCUGGGAAGCCUGGCAGAGAUGGAAAGGGCUUACCUGGGCCUCCUGGACCAAAGGGGGACCCUGGGAUUCAGGGAUACCCUGGCAGAAAGGGUGAGGUGGGUGAGUCAGGCCUGCCUGGUGCACUUGGCCUUCCUGGAGCUACUGGCCCCAAGGGUGAAAAAGGGGACACUGGCAUAAAGGGGGAGAGAGGCAUGCCAGGGCUGCCAGGAAGACAUGGCACUAAGGGCGCUCCUGGGGUGGCCACCGCAGGGAUGAAGGGUGAGCCUGGGACUCCAGGAGAAAAGGGAGAUCCUGGAAUCCCAGGGAGGAUGGGCCCCCCAGGUUUGCCAGGGAAGAGGGGGCAGCGGGGUGAGAAGGGACGAGCUGGUGACCCUGGGCUGCCAGGACUCCCUGGCACAAAGGGAGAGAAGGAAAUGCUGAGAAUGUCUGGUAGGAGGGUAAAGGAGAACCUGGCCCUCCAGGUCCACCUGGGCCCCCUGGACAAAGGGGGAACCUGGUUCACCGGGAGACCAGGGACCCAUGGGCCCAAGGGGCCCCAAAGGAGAGCCUGGGAAGAUGAAAUGAUGGACUAUGAUGGUAACAUCAGUGAAGCUCUCCAGGAAAUACGAACUUUGGCCUUGAUGGGACCCCCAGGACUUCCAGGUGUGGCUGGACCUCCAGGGCCUCCAGGACAGAAGGGUGAAAUUGGUUUGCCAGGUCCUCCAGGCCAUGAUGGAGAAAAGGGACCACGUGGCAAGCCUGGAGAAAUGGGCCCCCCUGGCCCUCAUGGACUGCCAGGAAAGGAUGGACCCCCUGGAAUAAAGGGAGAGCCAGGCCAUAUUGGGGUCAUGGGAGAAAAGGGCGAUAAAGGAGAGCCAGGACAAGCUGGCUCACCAGGUCUUGAUGGCUCCACUGGAGAGAAAGGCGAGCGGGGUGACCAAGGGAUGCCAGGACCAUCAGGAUUGCCAGGUCCCAUUGGACUUCCAGGAUUGACAGGAGAGAAGGGUGAGCCUGGGCAGCAUGGAGACAAAGGAAAUCCAGGAGAAUCGAUAUCUGGACCCCCUGGACCUCAAGGCCCACCAGGACCUCCAGGUCUUCAGGGUCUCCCAGGACCGAAGGGGGAAGCAGGGAUUGAUGGAAUGAAAGGAGAGAAGGGUGCCCAGGGUGAAAAAGGAGACAGAGGGCCACUGGGAUUACCCGGUGCUUCAGGUUUAGACGGCAGGCCUGGACCACCGGGUACUCCAGGACCAAUUGGGGUUUCGGGACCAGCAGGACCAAAAGGAGAAAGGGGCAGUAAAGGAGAUCCUGGAGUUGUAGGACCAAUGGGGCCAGCAGGGCUUCCCGGUUUACAAGGUCUACCCGGUGACAAAGGAAUCCGGGGGGAGAGGGGCAAGAAAGGCUCUAGAGGGUCUAAAGGGGAUAAGGGAGACCAAGGAGCGCCUGGAUUAGAUGCACCCUGUCCGUUGGGCGAAGAUGGCCUUCCAGUUCAAGGCUGCUGGAAUAAGUGAUGAUUCUAACCCUGGACUGGCCUGUGUGUGUUACUGUACAUAGAAUAUUUAUUUUUAUACAGUGUUCUUCUCUGACAUGCCAAAAGUUAUGCAUUUUUACAGAUUAUCAAAAAGCUGCAUAUUUUUUGUACAGAAAAUACUAGAUCUCUCUUCUUCCCCAUUUUGUCAGUUCUCUGUAUAAUUCUAUGUCUGCUUUAUGCUUGUUUUGUCAUGGAGUACAGCUGUAAUAUUUCAUGAUAUUUGUGCACACAUGAUGAAUAUAGGAACUUAAUAAAUUAUUGCAUUAAAAGUG